AUGGAACAACCCCAGUCCUCCAGGAGACGAAUCGAGGAAACAUACGUCGAAUCGUUGCGAAAGCUGCAUCGUAAAGUCAAAUCAGUUGACUUGUCCUUGGAUGAAAGAGGUGGGGAGCUGAGUACAGUGAGGGCAGUGUGGUCUGAAGUUGUUGAGAACGUUGACAGAGAGGCACAGACGCGACAAGCGUUGUGCGCAACUCUGACCACCGAUAUCAUUAUACCAUUGACUUCGCUAAAGGAAACACAAGAACGAACAAGAAAGAGGAUAAAGGAAGAUCUAAAGGAUUCUGGAGCAGCAUACACCGAAUAUGCAGAAAUGAUGCUCCCUAAGCUGAAAAGUCGAUAUACGAAGAAAUAUAUGGACGUCGAGGAACAAAAACGUGCUGCUUUAACCGUACCCAAUGCAGGUCCCUUAAAUGCGACCUCGCUUAGUCCAGAACAUCAUAACAGCAAUGUAAAGGCGGCUACAAUAGUUCCCGCUCGCCCCACAGUAACUGCUCCUCAACCUCUUCGAGCCCUUGACCGUCGACCCUCUGGCAGUACUCCAGGCGCACGGAACCGCUCCCCGUCAUCAUCAACAGCGUUCUCGGAUCUUGCUCAUCAAGGGAAAAAGCAAUUGAACCAACUUAUAGGGUUUUUGGACAAAGGUGGUGUUGGAAAGGAUGGUCUUGGCGUCCGGGAAAACCAAGCACUACGAACGGUUCGUGCAAAACGCGAUGCAGAUGAAGCUGACCGUGAAUAUCGCAAGGGCGUCCAUUGGCUUGAAACAUUGCGAUUACGCCGUACAAAGAUUUUAGAAAGUGGUUACAAGAGUCUAGAGAUGUUCAUUGAAGAGGCUUCUACCACCAUGAAGACAAUUCUGGAGAAAUAUGCUGAUAAUAUGACUGCUACGACAUCCACGCAGACGCAACUUUCUUUGCACAUGCGUGGAAUUGUGGAUCGAAUAUCUCCAGAAAAAGAUGUCGCAAAACUCAAAACAAAUAUACCGCGCUCAUUGGCAUCGGCUAUACCAGACCCGAUCUUAUAUGAACAUGGCCUUGUGGGAGAAUGCAAUGACUUGAUAUUUGGAUUUAGUCUUGUCGAUUAUGCAACAGCUAAAGGUUUGUCAGAAGGAGAGAUACCCAAGAUCAUCAGAAUAUGCAUUGAAGAAAUCGACAAACGAGGAUUAGAAUGCGAAGGAAUUUAUCGAGUGUCGGGGCGGCAUGCAAUAGUUCAAGGACUUCAACAUGAAAUAGAAAGGGACGAAUCCGCUUUCGAAUUUACUCCCAAAGACGAUGUGUAUGCCGUGUCUUCUUUACUCAAGCUGUAUCUCCGAGAGUUACCAGAGCCAGUUUUCAGGUUCUCUUUGCAGGAUCGGAUACAACACACCGAGGACAGAGAGGAACAUAUAUCCAAUAACUUCAUGCUUAUACGUUCAAAAAUCCGUCGCCUACCGCCAGUCCACCAGGCCACGUUGAAAGCCUUGAUCGAACAUUUGUCACGGAUUGUUGCAAAAAGUAAUAAAAACAAAAUGGACGCCAAGAACCUCGCAAUCGUAUUUGGCGGUGUUAUUUUUGGUGAUGAUGAGAUGCCUAAAGGGGGUGACCUUCUUAGUGUACAGACCGUUAAGGACACUGUUAUGGAGGACUUGAUUUUAAACGCAUCUGUUCUCUAUGACACAGAGGCAGGACCGAGCUCACCACCUUUGCCUCCCACCCCUGUAGGCGAACCUAUACCCAAAGUGUCUUAUGGAUCUCGGAUGACCAAGAUAACAACCGUCCCGCCUAUAGAACUUUCAACAUCUCCUCAGGAUUUCACUCCACGGUUGCCAGCUCGGCCAAAUAACAGUAUACAUCCAUCCUCAAGGAUUAUUCCUAGCUCACCGACGAAACCUAAAGCUCCGCAGGAAAAAGCACUUCCCCCCACAGUGCAAUCUGAUACAAACUUUGAAGAUAUGCCUCCUCCGUCUCCAGUUAGGAGGCUUUCUAGAUUGGAAGUCAACAGAGACAUGGACGAUAGGAAUUCAAUAUAUUUUCCGGCUCAAGACAGCCCGACAAGGUCCUUGGAGGCUUCUCCGAAUACAUCAAGUGAUUCUAGAAUCGAUUUAAUGGAUACCCCACGACAGUAA